AUGUGGCUUAGUUUGGUGGGUUCGGUGCUGUGUGUCGCCGUUAUGUUCCUUAUAUCGUGGGCAACGGCACUCAUCACAUUCGUCGCAGUUCUGGCUUUAUACUUAAUUGUGGCAUACCGCAAACCCGAUGUCAAUUGGGGUUCGACCACGCAGGCGCAGACGUACAAGAAUGCUCUGAUGUCAGUGCAGCAGCUGAAUAAUGUGGAAGAACACGUUAAGAACUACCGACCACAGAUACUGGUUCUAUCUGGAUUGCCAAAUACACGCCCAGUACUGGUUGACUUUGCCUAUAUGCUGACCAAGAAUCUUUCCUUACUGGUGUGCGGACACGUGCUGCGGGGCACUAGUUCUCAACGCUACAGAAAUUAUUUGCAAGAUCGCGCCACAACUUGGUUCCGCAAACACGGCGUUAAGGGCUUCUACGCGCUCGUCGAUGGGGAGGACUUUGAGUCGGGAACAAGAGCCCUAAUGCAGGCUUCCGGUAUUGGUAAAUUGAAGCCAAACAUUUUGCUCAUGGGCUACAAAAAUGACUGGCAGACAUGCGAAAAGAAGGAUCUGGAUCAAUACUUUAACAUUAUGCAUAAAGCAUUGGACAUGUAUUUAUCUGUAGCUAUUUUACGCUUGCCGAAUGGCCUUGACUGCUCUCAGAUUUUGGGAGACGAAAGUAGCGCCGCUAAAAAUGUAAUUGACAUUCCACGCACUCUUCAGCCGAAUGAGAGCUCCGCAGAUUUGAUGUCCGCAGAUAGGAGUGUACAAAAUGGGCUAAGUGGUAGUAUGGAUUCGCUGAGCCGAAAUGUCUCUCAGGAUGCCGGAGACUUGUCUAACACAGAGAAUGACCUGAAACUGUUAAAAACCUCUAGCACCAGCGACUUAUCAUUCAUGGCUGGAAGCCAAGUUAAAGAAGUAUCUGGCUUGCCCGAUCCAGUUGACCCUAAAUCGCCUCAACUCUUGACGAAUUCUUUGCGUAAAUCGAAGCAGAAGCAUAAUGAUCCGGCUUCUCUGUAUAAGGGCCCUGGAGGUGUUGAGCUGCCAAAGGAGAUCCUCAUGGAAUUAACACAAUUCACCCGAAAGCGCAGUCAUGCGGUUAUUGAUGUUUGGUGGCUAUACGACGACGGAGGACUUACUCUGCUCCUGCCUUAUAUAAUCAGUACGCGUCGAACUUGGCAAUCGUGCAAAUUGAGAGUAUACGCUUUGGCAAACAAAAAAGCUGAAUUGGAAUUCGAGCAACGUUCAAUGGCAAGUUUAUUAUCCAAGUUCCGUAUUGAUUACUCGGAUUUGACGCUUAUUCCCGACAUAACAAAAAAGCCACAAGAAACAACAACAGCGUUCUUUAAUGAACUCAUUAAGGAUUUUGUGAUUAGCGACAAAGACAAUGGGCCCUCGAAUGCAACACCCGAAGAUGAAG